UCACUUCCCUUUCUCUUGAAACUAUGACUUUUGCUGCAUUAUCUAUUUACUUUUGGGGUGUAGGACAAGACUAACUGCACUGUAGGAAAGUACAAACCACAAGGACACAAUAAGAGUCUAGAGACCCAGUGAUAACACCUCACAGUGUUUCCCCUACCCUCUGGUUAAUGUUUACUUGUGGAAUACGAGCUAUUUAAAUAAUUGUCAGUGCCCUGGUCACAGGGUUUGCUUUCAGUGGCAGAGCACAGAGUAUUUGAAGUGGUUUGACAGUUUUUUUUUUAAGACACAGCAGCAACUUCUAUAUCAAGGUGAAGUUCUCAGGAAAGCUUCUUCUGCAGUGCUUGUUUCUGUCUCAGGUUGUUGAAAAUGGCGGGUGUAAGCAGCUGCAUGAAGUACUCGAUGUUCAUCUUCAACUUCUUAUUUUGGGUGUGUGGUUCCAUUAUUUUGGGAGUCUCUAUAUGGAUACGUGUUAGCAAAGAAGCUCAGCAGGAGUUGGAGAUAGACAGCAGCGUGUUUGCAGGCGUUGAUCUACUGAUAGCUGUGGGCUCCAUCAUUAUGAUUCUUGGGUUUCUGGGAUGCUGUGGAGCCAUAAAGGAAAGCCGGUGCAUGCUGAUGUUGUUUUUUAUUGGGCUGCUUCUGAUCCUGAUCCUCCAGGUCACAGGAGGUAUUUUAGGAGCAGUGUACCGAUCUCAGAUUGAAACAUCUCUUAAAGAGGCUCUCCAGGAAAGUGUGAAUACAUUGCAAAGUUCUACAGAAGAAUCUAAAGUGUUUCAAGAGAAGCUCCAGAAGUUUCAGACAAUGAACCAGUGCUGUGGUUUGCUGAAUGGACCUUCCGACUGGGGAAAUAAUAUUGGUAACAAUAAAAUCUGUGAGUGCGAACUGAAGAGCUCAUCAGAUCUCUGCACCUACUAUCAAGGCAGAUACGUUUAUAAAAAUCCUUGUGGAGAUGUGAUUAUCAAUUACCUUAAAGGCCAUCUGCUCAUAAUUAUGGGAAUUGCUUUUGGACUGGCCGUUAUUGAGAUUAUUGGUUUGGGGUUUUCUAUGAGCCUCUACUGCCAGAUCGGGAGAAAAUGAAACUGUGGAAGUGCCAGAAUUGUGUCACCAGACAAAUCAAAACCUUUGCAGAUAGAAGGAUAUUUGACUUGGCACAUUCAGAGAUACCUGCAUGUCCCAGGCAGCUGUUCUGAUGAAAACGGCAGCACAUGGAUGCUUCACAAUUUGCAAAACAACCUCCUUAUACUUCAUAAGAUUUAAUGAUGUGAAUGUGAAUUUUUAUUUGGAGUAAACAUCUUUGUUUAUGUUU